AUACAGGUGUAAAAACAAUACAGUACAUAGCAAAGUGACGAUCACUCACGAUGACACCACUGUGCAAAAACGUCUUUAUUGGUAUCGGGGCCUUACUGGUUACUGGUUUAGUGGUCGGAAGCGUCACCUGGGCUAUCCUGGCCAGCAGGACCCCAACAAUAGAAGCGCCGGAGAUUAUACCUUUGGACUGGUGGCAGCAUGCAGUGAUUUACCAGAUAUACCCGAGAUCUUUCCAAGACAGUGAUGGAGACGGCAUUGGCGAUUUAAAAGGCAUCACAAACCGAAUGGAACAUUUUGUGGAAACAGGAAUUGAUGCCAUAUGGAUGUCUCCUAUAUUUGAAUCACCAAUGAUUGACUUUGGUUAUGACAUCAGUAAUUUCUAUGAAAUCCACCACGAGUACGGUACUAUGGAAGAUUUCGAAGAAUUGGUAGCAAAAGCACAUGAACUUGGUAAGAUUAUUUGCUAUAAUUACAAUCAAAGUUUUGUAUUUUAUCAAAUAAUUCAAAAUAGUUCAUUAAUUUUCCAGGCAUUAAAGUUCUAUUGGACUAUGUGCCGAACCAUGCGAGUACCGAAUCAUUAUACUUUCAACGAUCUGAAGCAAGAGAGCCGGGCUAUGAAGACUUUUUUGUAUGGGCUGAUCCUCGUCCGGAUCCUCAAAACUCAUCAAAUAGACUAGUUCCUUCAAAUUGGGUAAAAGACUUAUAUAUACCGACCGUACUUUAAAAACAUUUACUUAGUUUAAUGAUUGCAUGUAGAGUAUCAAUUUUGACGUGUGCUCGAAGUGUUUAAGCGUUUAUUCGCCUUUA